AUGAUUAAAUCACAGAUAAGAGCUGUCUUUAGAAAGGGAAGAAGUUUACAAGCCCCCAGAAAGAGCUCCGGUGUCGUUUCUUUAGCUUCGAGAAGGUUCCUGUCAAGGUUAAGUUCCGAACCUGAAGAGCACAUCACCAAAUUAUCUGAUUCUAAAGACCCUAAAAGAACUCAGUUUUUUGAGUAUACAUGGGGAUCUUGGAUUAAGAAUGACAAACAAGAAAGGAAAAAAAGGGAAACAAAAUUCUCUAUCGAAGGUUUGACUGAAUUGGUCCAGAAUUUGAGUAAAGAAAAAUCAAAUUCUAGAAAUGUCGACAAAAGCGGCGAGCCUUUCAUUAGAGCUCCAAUUGAGCUAAAGGAUGGUUCCAGAGUCUUGACCGGAAACUUGUCGGACUCGAUAUUUGGUAAACACGAUGAAAUGCUAGUUAGGUCAAUUGCAAGUAUUCACGAGGGAAAACAUCAUAGAAUUUAUAAGGUCACUAUUUCAAGUGGUAAGGAAUUUGUGUUGAGAAUUCCUUACGCCUUGGCUUCAAAGGAGUCGCUUUCUCGCAAAAUAAACAGUGAGGUUGCAACCAUGGAUUUUUUAAGUUUAAAACUAGGCUUGAAGGUUCCAAAAGUUGUCGCCUUUAGUGGCUCACACCAGAAUUCCAUUCAAUCUCCGUUUAUUUUAAUGGAGUAUAUUGAAGGCGAUUUAUUAAUGAAGCAAUGGGAUCCAUUAGUUGAUGAUUCUGCUGUUGAUAGCAAGGUUAAAAAUAUAAUAAAAGUCUUUGCUGAUUUUCAAGAAAAAGUUCUUUCAUUCACUUUCAAUAAAUAUGGUUCUUUAUACUUUUAUGAUGACGUUUCUGUCGGAGAGCAGUCAACUUUACCUUACGAUGGUGAAGUGAAUCCAGUAUUGAAGAACAGAUGGAGAAUUGGACCAAGUAUUGAGAAGCUGUAUGCGAAGAACAAGUCAAAGUUACCAGAGAAAGUAGUCAAUCAAUUCAAUGGCCCUUGGGACAGAAAAUCUCCAUUAGAGAUUAUUAAAUCACUUGCAGGGAUUGAGCUUGAAAACGCAAAACACAGAUUAGCAUUAGCUGAAGCAGAUGCAGGUGGAACGGUUGAAGAUGCUGCAUUAUUGAAGAAGCAGAUCAGAACAUUUGAUCAUUUGUCUCUUAUCGGACCAAAGCUAAUCAAGCCUGACUCCAAAUCCAUAAUGAACGUUGAAGAGGUGUUUAAGCCCCGUUUGUAUUUACCUGACUUGGAUCCUUUGAAUGUUAUUGUUAAAAAUGACAAUUUCUAUUUCUUAGACUUUGAGUAUUCCACUAUUAAGCCUUUCAUCCUCAGUGAUUAUCCCUCUUUCAUUGCUUAUAAUGGAGCAAAGGUAUUUAAUAUCGAGGAAGAAAUUCCCGAGUUCAAGGAUAUGGAUGAAGCAGAGCAGCAGCAAUAUCAAUUUAUGUACUUUAAAACAAGGAAUGAGAGAUUAUGGGAACUUGAAUUGAAUUCUAGGAGGCACGAUUUAAUUGCGAUCGCUUCUCCUCAUAUAAAGUUGCUUAAGGCUCCAUAUUCUCAAGCUUUGGAGUUACGUAACGAUAAAGAUUUCUUGUAUGUCGAACAUUCAAUAAUUCAACUUCAAGCAAUGUGGGAAUCUUAUGUUGCUAAUGAAUUAUGCAACUCUACGGAUCCUACAUUCCCAAUCCAAUACACUGCAGAAGAGCUUGAUGAACACCAAUCAGAUCUCGAAGAGUACCAAUUAGAAAUCUUGUCAACACCUUUUGCUGCAACAGGUGGCUGGGUACCUCAAGAUAUGUUCGAUAAAUUGAGAGAUCAGGGUGUUAUAGUUGAAACAAGCGACGGAAAUUUCAAAAUUGAAACUGAGAAAGUCCUCUAG